AUGUCGCACACGACGCACGCUCUCGUUGCGCAUCGAUGGCUCGCAGCGCUGCUGCUGGCUGUACUCCUCGCCACCACACCCAUCACAGCAAGGAGUCGUCGCAGCGGCCCGCUCCAGCGCAUAGCAAGGUCGACCAACGUCCAAAUAGACAAAAUUGCUCCGCGGUCAUCCCCCCUGAAAGGCAGCGCACAUCUACAAACAAGAUCCACACCAUCGCAGCCGCCCCUUCGACUCAGCUUCCGUGCCUUUCAACAGGAGUUCUUCUUGCAUCUUCAACCCAACGAGCACAUCUUGCAUCCGGAGGGUACCCUCGUCAAAUACUACGGCCUCAACGAGACCACCGGUCAGAGCUACGUCCGCUCCACCGAGACGCUCUAUCCAGGCGACGUUCCCGCCUAUCACGGAGUCGUCGUCCAUUCUUCGCACUCUGCCCGACGUCUCGAAGAGGACCGCGCCGGCGCUUUCCGCGACAUCUACCAGGACCGCGACCUCGGCGUUGUCGGUCGAGCCGCCAUCAUGUUGCACGACGACGGCUCCGUCUCGGGCGCUCCUUCCUUCUCGGGAAGCUUCGAUUGGUUCGGCAACGUCCACCACAUCAACACACCCAAGAGCUAUCUCGCCAAGCGUCAAACCGGUGAUCCUCAGCUCGAGCCUCGUUCCGCACAGCAUGGCUCCAUGGUCGUCCACCGCGACUCGGACAUCACUCUCGAGGCCAGGGACGACACUGUCUUCUCCAACGUCACCGCAUCGCUAGGCUGCAGCUCCGAUGUGCUCGAUUUCAACAGCCACAAUCGACUCGUGCUCAGUCAGGACACCAACGAUGCCUCCAGCCGCUCGGUAUACUCCUUCUUCAAGCUGCCCACCCCAGCUCGUCUCUCCCGCCGCGAUCUCUUCUCUGGCUGGAACGACCUCUUCACCCGCUCGCUGCAAGACGACGUGGUGAUCGAGACGCCACAGGCCGAACCGGACGCCUUUGUCUACCGCGAGGAUCUGGACGACUACCUCGAGCCCACCUUCCGCAAGAGGCAGGCCACGGGCAACGACAUUGGGAACGGCAACAACUCGACCAACAGCUUUGAGAAUGUCAUUGGCAAUACGGCCGGCUGCCCCAACAGCGCUCGCGUCGUCUAUGCCGGCGUGGCUGCCGACUGCGCCUACACCGAACGUAUCGGCACGCAGGACGACACCCGUCGCGAGAUCCUCGACAACAUGAACUCGGUCUCGAACCUGUACCGAUCCACGUUCAACGUCUCGAUCGGCGUGGUCGAGCUCGACGUCCGCUCGUCGAGCUGCCCCUCCUCCGCCUCGCAGGAUGCUCCCUGGAACCUCGGCUGCGGCACCAUCACCAUCGACGAGCGCCUCAGCGACUUUUCGCAGUGGCGAUCGCAGCAGCCUGGCAACGGCAUCGGCCUGUGGCAUCUCAUGACCGCCUGCAACUCGGGCAGCGAGAUUGGUGUCGCUUGGCUCGGCACCGUCUGCAUGACCGACGCUUCCAGCAGCGGUGGCCAGACGGUCAGUGGCACGGGCGUCAGCUCGCUCACCUCGCAGCAAUGGCAGGUCAUGGCGCACGAGAUGGGCCACAACUUUGGUGCGAUUCACGACUGCACCACCGGAUGCACCAGCAACUCGAACUACGCGGUCCAGAACGGCGGUGCGCCCUGCUGCCCCAGCUCGGCCACCACGUGCGACGCCAACGCACAGUACAUCAUGAACCCUUCGUCGCGCUCCAACAUUCAGAACUUCAGCCCAUGCUCGAUCGGCAACAUCUGCUCGUUGCUUGGACAGGGCCUCGACACGUCGUGCGUCCAAGCACCGGGCCAGCGUAGUACGCUCAGCACGCAGCAGUGCGGCAACGGGAUCCUGGAGCCCGGCGAGGAGUGCGAUGCUGGACCCAACGGUUCGCAGUGCUGCACCUCGCAAUGCCGGCUGACUUCGGGCGCACAAUGUGACCCUGCCACCAGCGCCUGCUGCUCCAACUCGUGUACGUUUGCGGCCUCGACGCAGCAGUGCCGUCCCUCGGUCGACGACCGCUGCGACACGGCCGAGUUCUGCACGGGCACUUCCGCGGAGUGCCCGGCGGACACGACCAAGGACGAUGGCAGCUCGUGUGGCAGCGGUCUCACCUGUGCGAAUGGCUACUGCACCUCGCGCGACCUGCAAUGCCAGCAGGCCUCGACAGGCUCGCUUCGGUUCCGAUCGGCGUGCUCGGCCUCGAACGCCAACUCGUGCCAGCUGACGUGCCAGAGCCCCAACUCGAUCAACCAGUGUCUCAUCCUGCAGCAACCCUUCAUCGAUGGCACCAGCUGCGGUUACGGUGGUCGAUGCGAGAAUGGCGAGUGCAAGUCGGGCAGCUGGCAGAAUACGUUCCGCAGCCUGUACAACGACAACCUGCGCAUCGCUAUUCCCGUCACCAUCGUGGUUGGCAUCAUCGUCUUGCUCAUCCUGCUUGCCAUUGUGCGUCGAUGCUGCUGCGCGGGAGGACGACGACAGCGAUCGUCUAACAAGGCUUCCGGUAGUCGACGACCUUUCCGCAGGUCGAAUGGCAAUGGCGCCCUUCCAGCACAGCAGACGGCCUACUCUACGCCUCCGAUGCCACCUCCGCAACACCCCAUGCGCCAAGGUUACCCAAGCUAUCCGGCGGCCUCGCAACAGCCCAAUGGUUGGGUCGACCCUUCUGCGUACAACGGUCCCAACAGGUAUUGA